UGCUGCCCCCUCCCUCCACAGUUCCCUYGCAACGCAACCCGAGCCGGGGGGCCUAAAAAUAGCCCCCGAGGCGCAACCGCGGCCGCCCCGGUGACCUUCUGGGUAGCACAGGCCGAAGGCGGGCGGGCAGCAGGAAGGCAGGCCGCCGGCCCCCCAGGACUCGUCUCCCAAGUCACCAUCCUCCCGGGUGUCCCGUGGCCGCCUAGAUCCAGCGUCCCCCCAGCCCAGCUCGCAGAGGCCAUGCAGAAAGCCCGGGGCACGCGAGGCGAGGACGUGGGCACGAGGGCACCCCCCAGCCCAGGGGUGCCCCCGAAGAGGGCCAAAGUGGGGGCCGGCGGAGGGGCCCCGGCGGCCGGGGCCGGGGCUGGGGCUCCCGUCUUCCUGCGACCCCUGAAGAACGCGGCGGUGUGUGCGGGCGGCGACGUGCGGCUGCGGGUGGUGGUGAGCGGGACGCCCCAGCCCAGCCUCAGCUGGUUCCGGGAUGGGCAGCUCCUGCCCGCGCCGGUGCCCGAGCCCAGCUGCCUGUGGCUGCGGAGCUGCGGGGCGCAGGACGCCGGCGUGUACAGCUGCAGGGCCCAGAACGAGCGGGGCCGGGCCUCCUGCGAGGCUGUGCUCACUGUGCUGGAGGUCGGAGGUCCACAGAGAACUGCUGCUCCAAACGCUUCCUUUUACAGAAUCAGAAGAGGAUUGGGCUGCAGCAUGUCACAUAUGAGAACAUGUCCAGAUUGUACAGACAGAAGACAGCACAACAAACGGAAGCCUCAUUCUGUCCCGCUGGAAAGAACCAGCGAAGUUUUCCGCUCCUGCAGAAAGCAAAGUUACGACUCAGAGACAGCUGAGGAUGACAUCAGCGAUGUGCAGGGGACCCAGCGCCUGGAGCUUCGGGAUGACGGGGCCUUCAGCACCCCCACGGGGGGCUCUGACACCCUGGUGGGCACCUCCUUGGACACACCCCCGACCUCCGUGACAGGAACCUCAGAGGAGCAAGUGAGCUGGUGGGGCAGCGGGCAGACCGUCCUGGAACAGGAAGCGGGCAGCGGGGGUGGCACCUGCCGCCUCCCAGGCAGCCCAAGCAGCAUCCCUCAAAGUGGACUGCGCAGGGAGGAACCUGACCUUCAGCCUCAGCAGGCUAGUGAAGCCCCGCGUCCUCGCCCUGCCCCUCCGCCUCCUUCCAAGUCCGCGCUGCUCCCGCCACCAUCCCCUAGGGUGGGUAAGAGGGCUCCACCAGGACCCAGCGCCCAGCCCCCAGCCACCCCCACAUCGCUCCAUCGGCGCACUCAAGAGCCUGAGCUACCGGAGGACCCCACCGCGGAAGAGAAACGAGGCAAAAAGUCCAAGUCAUCGGGGCCCUCGCUGGCGGGUACGACAGAGUCCCGGCCCCAGACGCCACUGAGUGAGGCCUCAGGUCGCCUGUCGGGGCUGGGCCGCUCACCGAGGUUGGUGCGAGCCGGCUCCCGCAUCCUGGACAAGUUGCAGUUUUUUGAGGAGCGACGUCGCAGCCUGGAGCGCAGCGACUCGCCCCCAGCGCCCCUGCGGCCCUGGGUCCCCCUACGCAAGGCCCGCUCCCUGGAACAGCCCAAGUCCGUAGGCGACGCUGCGUGGGGCAUACCUGGGGCCUCUCAGGAGGAGCUGCAGGCGCCACAGGGCAGUGUGGCCGAGCGGCGCCGCCUGUUCCAGCAGAAGGCGGCCUCGCUGGACGAACGCACACGACAGCGCAGCCCUGCCUCUGAUCUCGAGCUGCGCUUCGCGCAGGAGCUGGGCCGCAUACGCCGCUCCACUUCGCGGGAGGAACUGGUGCGCUCCCAUGAGUCCCUGCGUGCCACCCUGCAGCGUGCCCCAUCCCCUCGAGAGCCUGGAGAACCCCCACUCUUCUCCCGGCCCUCUACCCCCAAGACUCCACGGGCUGUGAGCCCUGCCGCCACCCAGCCUCCUCCUCCCAGUAUUGUGGGCAAGUCUGUAGAAGAGCCUGGGAGGCCCAGAAGCCGUGGCCCUUUGGGCAGGACAGAGCCUGGGGAAGGCCCACAGCAGGAGGUUAGGCGGCGUCGGGAUCAGUUCCCACUCACCCGGGGCAGAGCCAUACAGGAGUGCAGGAGCCCUGUGCCGCCCCACAAUGCUGAUCUCCCGGAGGCCCAGACGAAAGCCCCCUCGGGUCGGAAGCGGGAGCCCCCAGCGCAGGCAGUGCGCUUUCUGCCCUGGGCCACACCGGGCCUGGAGGGCGCUGCUGUGCCCCAAACCUUGGAGAAGAACAGGGCAGGGCCUGAGGCCGAGAAGAGGCUGCGCAGAGGACCAGAGGAGGAUGGUCCCUGGGGGGCUUGGGACCGAAGAGGACCCCGCAGCCAGGGCAAAGGUCGCAGGGUCCGACCUACCUCUCCUGAGCUCGAGUCUUCGGAUGACUCUUAUGUGUCUGCUGGAGAAGAGCCCCUGGAGGCCCCAGUGUUUGAGAUUCCCCUGCAGAACGUGGUGGUGGCCCCAGGGGCUGAUGUACUGCUUAAGUGUAUCAUCACCGCCAACCCCCCACCCCAAGUGUCCUGGCUCAAGGAUGGGUCCACGCUGCACAGUGAGGGCCGCCUUCUCAUCCGGGCUGAGGGCGAGAGGCACACUCUGCUGCUCAGGGAGGCCCAGGAGGCUGAUGCGGGGAGCUAUAUGGCCACUGCCAUCAACGAGCUGGGCCAGGCCAGCUGUGCUGCCUCACUGGCUGUGAGACCUGGUAGGAAGCCCACCAAACCCAGGGGUGGGUCCACAUCCCCUUUCAGCAGUCCCAUCACUUCUGACGAGGAGUACCUGAGUCCCCCAGAGGAGUUCCCAGAGCCUGGGGAGACCUGGCCCGGAACCCCCACCAUGCAGCUCAGCCCCAGCCAGAACCACCGUUCUUCUGACACUGGCUCCAAGGCACCCCCCACCUUCAAGGUCUCACUCAUGGACCAGUCAGUACGAGAAGGCCAAGAUGUCAUCAUGAGCAUCCGUGUGCAGGGGGAGCCAAAGCCUGUGGUCUCCUGGCUAAGAAACCGCCAGCCUGUGCGCCCAGACCAGAGACGCUUUGCAGAGGAGGCUGAGGGAGGGCUGUGCCGGCUGCGGAUCCUGGCUGCCGAGCGGGGCGACGCUGGCUUCUACACCUGCAAAGCCGUCAAUGAGUAUGGCGCCCGGCAGUGUGAGGCCCGCCUGGAGGUCCGAGCACACCCUGAAAGCCGGUCCCUGGCCGUGCUGGCCCCCCUGCAGGACGUGAACGUGGGGGCCGGGGAGAUGGCGCUGUUUGAGUGCCUGGUGGCAGGUCCUGCCGACGUGGAGGUGGACUGGCUGUGCCGUGGCCGCCUACUGCAGCCUGCCCUGCUCAAAUGCAAGAUGCAUUUCGAUGGCCGCAAAUGCAAGCUGCUGCUCACCUCUGUUCAUGAGGACGACAGUGGUGUCUACACUUGCAAGCUCAGCACAGCCAAAGAUGAACUGACCUGCAGCGCCCGGCUGACCGUGCGGCCCUCACUGGCGCCCCUGUUCACCCGGCUGCUGGAAGACGUGGAGGUGCUCGAGGGCCGUGCUGCCCGCUUCGACUGCAAGAUCAGCGGCACCCCACCACCGUCCGUUACCUGGACUCACUUUGGUCACCCUGUAGAGGAGAGUGAGAACUUGCGGCUGCGGCAGGAAGGAGGUCUGCACUCACUGCACAUCGCCCACGUGGGCAGCGAGGAUGAAGGGCUCUAUGCAGUCAGUGCGACCAACACCCACGGCCAGGCUAACUGCUCGGCCCAGCUGUAUGUGGAGGAGCCUCGGACAGCCGCCUCAAGCCCCAGCUCAAAGCUGGAGAAGAUGCCGUCCAUCCCUGAGGAGCCGGAACAGGGCGAGCUGGAGCGGCUGUCCAUUCCUGACUUCCUGCGGCCACUGCAGGACCUGGAAGUGGGACUGGCCAAGGAGGCCAUGCUAGAGUGCCAGGUGACUGGCCUGCCCUACCCCACCAUCAGCUGGUUCCACAAUGGCCACCGCAUCCAGAGCAGUGACGACCGGCGCAUGACACAGUACAGGGAUGUACAUCACCUGGUGUUCCCUGCGGUGGGACCUCAGCAUGCUGGCGUCUACAAGAGUGUCAUCGCUAACAAGCUGGGCAAAGCUGCCUGCUAUGCCCACCUCUAUGUCACAGAUGUGGUUCCAGGUCCCCCAGAUGGUGCCCCRCAAGUGGUGGCUGUGACGGGGAGGAUGGUCACACUCACAUGGAACCCCCCCAGGAGCCUGGACAUGGCCAUCGACCCAGACUCCCUGACAUACACGGUGCAGCACCAGGUGCUGGGCUCAGACCAGUGGACAGCGCUGGCCACAGGUCUGCGGGAGCCCAGGUGGGCGGCCACAGGGCUGCGGAAGGGGCUCCAGCAUGUCUUCCGGGUCCUCAGCACCACCGGCAAGAGCAGCAGCAAGCCCUCACCCCCAUCGGAGCCCACACAGCUGCUGGAGCAUGGCCCACCCCUGGAGGAGGCCCCUGCUGUGCUGGACAAACCAGACAUCGUGUAUGUGGUAGAGGGACAGCCUGCCCAUGUCACCAUCACCUUCAACCAUGUGGAGGCCCAGGUCGUCUGGAGGAGCUGCCGAGGGGCCCUCCUGGAGGCACGGACAGGUGUGUAUGAGCUGAGCCAGCCGGAUGAUGACCAGUACUCUCUUCGGAUCUGUCGGGUGAGCCGCCGGGACGUGGGGUCACUCACCUGUACUGCCCGCAACCGCCAUGGCACACAGGCCUGCUCGGUCACACUGGAGCUGGCAGAGGCUCCCCGGUUUGAGUCCAUCAUGGAGGAUGUGGAGGUUGGGGCUGGAGAAACCGCUCGCUUUGCUGUGGUGGUUGAGGGGAAACCGCUGCCAGACAUCACAUGGUACAAGGACGAGGUGCUGCUGGCUGAGAGCAGCCAUGUGAGCUUUGUAUAUGAAGAGAACGAGUGUUCCUUGGUGGUGCUCAGCACGGGGACCCAGGAUGGGGGCGUCUACACCUGUACUGCCCGGAACCUGGCAGGGGAAGUCUCCUGCAAAGCAGAGUUGGCUGUGCACUCUGCUCAGACAGCUAUGGAGGUYGAGGGGGUCGGGGAGGAUGGAGAACAUCGAGGAAGGAGACUCAGCGACUUUUAUGACAUUCACCAGGAGAUUGGCAGGGGUGCCUUCUCCUACCUGCGGCGUGUGGUGGAACGCAGCUCUGGCCUGGAGUUUGCGGCCAAGUUCAUCCCCAGCCAGGCAAAGCCCAAGGCAUCAGCCCGGCGGGAAGCCCGGCUGCUGGCCCGGCUUCAGCACGAUUGCAUCGUCUACUUCCAUGAGGCCUUCGAAAGGCGCCGGGGACUGGUCAUUGUCACUGAGCUCUGUACAGAGGAGCUGCUGGAGAGAAUGGCCAGGAAACCCACCGUGUGUGAGUCUGAGAUCCGGGCCUAUAUGCGUCAGGUACUAGAGGGAAUAUGCUACCUGCAUCAGAGCCAGGUGCUGCACCUCGAUGUCAAGCCCGAGAACCUGCUGGUGUGGGACGGUGCAGACGGCGAAGAGCAGGUGCGCAUCUGUGAUUUUGGGAAUGCCCAGGAGCUGACUCCAGGAGAGCCCCAGUACUGCCAGUAUGGCACACCUGAGUUCGUAGCUCCCGAGAUCGUCAACCAGAGCCCUGUGUCUGGAGUCACUGACAUCUGGCCUGUGGGCGUCAUUGCCUUCCUUUGUCUGACCGGAAUCUCCCCGUUUGUUGGAGAGAACGAUCGGACAACACUGAUGAACAUCCGAAACUACAAUGUGGCCUUUGAGGAGACCACAUUCCUGAGCUUGAGCAGAGAGGCCCGGGGCUUCCUCAUCAAAGUGCUGGUGCAGGACCAGAUGAGACCUACUGCAGAGGAGACUCUAGAACAUCCUUGGUUCAAAACACAGGCAAAGGGAGCCGAGGUGAGCACAGAUCACCUGAAGCUCUUCCUGACACGUCGGAGGUGGCAGCGCUCACAGAUCAGUUACAAAUGCCACCUGGUGCUGCGCCCCAUCCCAGAGUUGCUGCGGGCGCCCCCAGAGAGGGUGUGGGUGGCCAUGCCCAGAAGAACACCCCCCAGUGGGGGGCUCUCAUCCUCCUCGGACUCGGAAGAGGAAGAGCUGGAGGAGUUGCCCACUGUUCCCCGCCCCCUGCAGCCCGAGUUCUCUGGCUCCAGGGUGUCCCUCACAGACAUUCCCACUGAGGAUGAGGCCCUGGGAACCCCAGAGGCUGGUGCUGCCACUCCCAUGGAUUGGCAAGAACUGGGAAGGGCUCCCUCUCAGGACCAGGAGGUUCCCAGCCCUCAGGCCCUCCCCUCUCCAGGCCAGGAGCCCCCAGCUGGGUCCAGUCCCAGGCGGGGAGAGCUCCGCAGGGGUAGCUCCGCUGAGAGCGCCCUGCCCCUGGCGGCGCGGGAGCCGGGCCGGGGCCUGCACAAGGCGGCGUCUGUGGAGCUGCCGCAGCGCAGGAGCCCCAGCCCGGGAGCCACCCGCCUGGCCCGGGGAGGCCUGGGCGAGGGCGAGUACGCCCAGAGGCUGCAGGCGCUGCGUCAGCGGCUGCUACGAGGAGGUCCGGAGGAUGGCAAGGUCAGCGGCCUCAGGGGCCCCCUGCUGGAAAGCCUGGGAGGCCGUGCCCGCGACCCCCGAAUGGCGCGGGCUGCCUCCAGCGAGGCAGCGCCACACCACCAGCCGCCACCCGAGACGCGGGGCCUGCAAAAGAGCAGCAGCUUCUCGCAGGGAGAGGCGGAGCCUCGGGGGCGGCACCGCCGCGCCGGGGCACCCCUCGAAAUCCCUGUAGCCAGGCUUGGGGCCCGCAGGCUACAGGAGUCUCCCUCCUUGUCUGCCCUCAGCGAGGCCCAGCCGCCCAGCCCCGCGCGUCCCAGCGUUCCCAAACCUAGUAUCCCCAAACCUAAGGAACCCGCUACUGCCACSCCAGGUGGUUCUCCCCAGCCCUCCGCACCCCUGCCUACCCCCGAGAAGGCCCCAGAGCCCACGCCAGAACCAGGCCGAGCCUCCAGGCCGGCACAGCUCCCCGUGGCUCUGCAAACCCCAGCGCUGCCCCUCACGCCCUAUGCCCAGAUCAUGCAGUCGCUCCAGCUGGCCGGUCACGCCCAGCCCUUACAGAGCCCCCCAUCGCCCUCGUCAGAGCCCAAGCCCCACGCGGCCGUGUUCGCCAGGGUGGCCUCCCCGCCUCCAGGAGUCCCAGAGAAGCGCUUGCCUUCACCCAGGGCUCCCCCAGUGCUAGUCGAGAAAGCCAGGGUCCCCACGGUAGCCCCCAGGCCAGGCAGCAGCCUUAGCAGCAGCAUCGAGAACCUAGAGUCAGAGGCGGUGUUCGAAGCCAAGUUCAAGCGCAGCCGCGAAUCGCCCCUGUCGCGGGGCCUGCGGCUACUGAGCCGCUCGCGUUCAGAGGAGCGUGGUCCCUUCCGCGGGGCCGAGGACGAGGAUGGCAUGUACCGGCCCAGCCCGGCGGGAACCCCGCUGGAACUGGURAGACGGCCAGAACGCUCGCGCUCCGUGCAGGACCUGAGGGCUGUCGGGGAGCCGGGCCUCGUCCGCCGGCUCUCACUGUCGCUGUCCCAGAAGCUGCGGCGGACUCCACCCUCACAGCGCCACCCGGCCUGGGAGGCUCGAGGCGGAGACGGGGAGAGCUCAGAGGGCGGCAGCUCAGCGCGGGGCUCCCCGGUCCUGGCGGUGCGCAGGAGGCUCAGCUCCACGCUGGAGCGGCUGUCCAGCAGGUUACAGCGCAGCGGCAGCAGCGAGGACUCCGGGGGCGCCUCGGGCCGCAGCACGCCGCUGUUUGGACGUCUGCGCAGGGCCACCUCCGAAGGCGAGAGUCUGCGACGCCUUGGCAUCCCACACAACCAACUGGCCUCUCAGRCCGGUGCCACUACUCCUUCCGCUGAGUCKCUGGGCUCUGAGGCCAGCGCCACCUCGGGCUCCUCAGCUCCAGGGGAAAGCCGAAGCCGGCUCCGCUGGGGCUUCUCAMGGAUGCGGAAGGACAAGGGCUUAUCACAGCCAAACCUCUCUGCCAGCAUCCAAGAGGACUUGGGUCACCAGUAUGUGCCCAGUGAGUCAGACUUCCCCCCAGUCUUCCACAUCAAACUCAAGGACCAGGUGCUGCUGGAGGGGGAGGCAGCCACCCUGCUCUGCCUGCCAGCUGCCUGUCCUGCUCCCCGAAUCUCCUGGAUGAAAGACAAGCAGUCUCUUCAGUCAGAGCCUUCGGUGGUCAUCGUGUCCUGCAAAGACGGAAGGCAGCUGCUGAGCAUCCCCMGGGCRGGCAAGCGACAUGCCGGGCUGUAUGAGUGCUCAGCCACCAAUGUCCUAGGCAGCAUCACCAGCUCCUGUACUGUGGCUGUGGCCCGUGUCCCAGGAAAACUAGCUCCUCCUGAGGUGCCCCAGACCUAUCAGGACACGGCACURGUGCUGUGGAAGCCAGGAGACAGCCGGGCUCCUUGCACGUACACACUGGAGCGGCGGGUGGAUGGGGAGUCUACCUGGCACCCCGUGAGCUCAGGCAUCCCUGAUUGUUACUACAACGUGACACACCUGCCCAUUGGUGUAACUGUGAGGUUCCGCGUGGCCUGUGCCAACCGUGCUGGGCAGGGYCCCUUCAGCAACCCUUCUGAGAAGGUCCUCGUCAGGGGCACUCAAGAUUCUUCAGCUCGGCCAUCUGCUGCUCGCCAAGAUGCCCCUGUUACCUCAGGGCCAGCCAGGGCCCAGCCUCCUGACUCUCCUACCUCACUGACCCUGACCCCAGCUCCCCCAGCCCCCCAGUCAGCCUCUUUCAGCCCCUCAGCCCCUCUCACGCCCCCCAGCCAGGCCUGGUCGUCACUCAAGGCUGUGGGUCCACCACCCCAAACCCCCCCACGAAAGCACAGGGGCCUGCAGGCCACUCAGCAACCAGAGCCCACCCUACCCAGUGCCCAGGUCACCCUAAGUGUGCCCAAGUCUUUUGUUCCUGACACUGGGACAGGGACUCCAACCUCCACCCCCCAAGCAGUUAAACCAGCGUCUUCCUCCACUCCCCUGUAUAUGGUGACUUCCUUUGUGUCUGCACCCCCAGCCCCCGAGCCCCCAGCCCCUGAGCCCCCUCCUGAGCUCACCAAGGUGCCUGUGCGGAGCCUCAGCCCAGGCAGAGAGGUGGUCGGCUCCCCUGGGGGCGGCCCCCCCAGGUCCCCCACACCAGAGGGCACUACUCUGAGACAGGGCCUCCCUCAGAAACCCUACACCUUCCUGGAAGAAAAAGCCAGGGGCCGCUUUGGUGUCGUGCGAGCAUGCCGGGAGAAUGCCACAGGCCGUACAUUUGUGGCCAAGAUUGUGCCAUAUGCAGCAGAGGGCAAACGGCAAGUCCUGCAGGAAUAUGAAGUGCUCCGGACACUGCACCACGAGCGGCUUAUGUCCCUGCACGAGGCCUACAUMACCCCUCGGUACCUUGUGCUCAUUGCUGAGAGCUGCGGCAACCGGGAACUCCUCUGUGGGCUCAGUGACAGGUUCCGGUAUUCUGAAGAUGACGUGGCCACCUAUGUGGUGCAGCUGCUACAAGGUCUGGACUAUCUCCAUGGCCGCCACGUGUUACAUCUGGACAUCAAGCCGGACAAUCUGCUGCUGGCCCCUGACAACACCCUCAAGAUUGUGGACUUUGGCAGCGCCCAACCCUACAACCCCCAGGCCCUGCGACCCCUUGGCCACCGCACGGGCACGCUGGAGUUCAUGGCUCCUGAGAUGGUGAAGGGAGAACCCAUUGGCUCUGCCACAGAUAUCUGGGGAGCAGGUGUGCUCACCUACAUCAUGCUCAGUGGACACUCUCCAUUCUAUGAGCCAGACCCCAAAGAAACAGAGGCUCGGAUUGUGGGGGGCCGUUUUGAUGCCUUCCAGCUAUACCCCAACACAUCCCAGAGUGCCACCCUCUUCUUGCGAAAGGUUCUCUCAGUACAUCCCUGGAGCCGGCCUUCCCUGCAGGACUGCCUGGCCCACCCGUGGCUGCAGGAUGCCUAUCUGAUGAAGCUGCGCCGCCAGACACUCACCUUUACCACCAACCGACUCAAGGAGUUUUUGGGUGAGCAGCGGCGCCGCAGGGCUGAGGCCGCCACCCACCACAAGGUGCUGCUCCGUUCCUACCCURGCAGCCCCUAGCAGCAUGGACCACAGCCUGGCCGUGGGCUUCAACUUGGGGUUCCCACCAAUGUCAAGGGACAUUCCAGGGCCCAUGCUGAACCGGGUGGGCCCAGGGCUUCGGAUACCACCAGCAGCAACAUCUGGCCGGGUUAUUACCUCAUGGACCUGCAGGGAUAGAGGCUCUAGGGCUUCGGCCUGAUGCCACUCCCAGCCAGAGCCAGAGCAGAAGACCCAUUGGGCAGGGGUGGGAACAGAAAGAGGGACAAGAGGGAUUGAGGAAGUGAAGAGGAAGAUACAGAAGACAGGCAGAGAGACUCUAGGAAGGUUCUGGGGGUGGGAGGCAUAUUGCAUCUCAGGGAGAAUCCAGGAGGGUGAGAGUCUGGAGAGGAGGACAAGGAAGGAGCCCAGGUGUCAGGGACACAGGCUGAGAAUGUCAGUGAGGCAGGGACUGGACACAGAGACAGUACCAGGAGUCCUGAGCCAGGGUGUGAGAGAGGGCAGCAARGUGGGAGGAGAGGACAGCAAGCUCAGGGGGGACGAGGGGAGGGAUGGGCCAGCAGCGGCAUCUCCAGAAGCAGAGAAGAGAAAUGCUGAGAGCCCCAGGCAAGUGGCCAUGCAAGCAGUCCUUCUGUCCCAGCGGAUGCAGCUCUGGGCGCUCUCUGCUGGCCCAAGGAUGUCCCCACUGUCCCUCCAUGACCUUUGCCUUUCCUGUUCAUAUUUAUUUAUUUAUUGACUUUUAUGAAGUUUUCCUUUCCAUCUAAUCCCUAUUGCCCAUGUUGUCCUGACCAUUCCCCCAGCCAUCCAGCUGUCUGUGCAGCUCUCUGUCUGUCUGUCACAAGGAAAAUAAAAACAGCAAGCAGCAGGA